AUGGGGCCAAAAAAAAGUGACAAAAAGGCAACAAAAGGAGUGGAUGGCGAGGUUCAAGGCGAGGAUCCCGCGCUGUUCUUGCAGAACUAUCAGCGGUUCAGCAGGCUGAUCGGCAUCUCUGCCAACCCAAAAGUCGUCGCACAGCUUCAAAGUGACGAAAACCAGCCCCUUGCACAGAUCGUUGUGGACGACGAGCAUGGGCCUCUCGGACCGGGAGGGACCCGAGCCCUCAUGACGGCCAUCAUGGGUACCGGACAGGACAUGCGCGGCGGGCCGUAUCGCCUCAUCAAGAGCCUGCGGCUGUGGCGCGCCCACUGCGGCGACGAGGGGGCGAGGAGCAUCGCGGAAGUGCUGCGACUUGGAGGUGCCGAGGUGAAGCUGGAGUACGUGGAGCUCUUUGACGACAAUAUCGGCCCGACGGGCGCUACCGCGUUGGGACAGUCCCUGAGCAUCGGGUGCAACAAGUCCCUUCUAUCCCUCAAGCUGGACUACAAUCCGUCCCUAGGGAGCGAGGGAACCGCCGCGCUAUGCCGGGGGCUGCGCACAAACUCGUCGCUCAAGCAGCUGCACCUUCCGUACUGCGACCUCGGAUCAGACGCCGGGGCCCCCCUCGGCGAGAUGUUGUCGUACACGAAGCUGCAGCUCGCCGUACUUAACCUCCAGGGCAACCGGCUAGAAGCGGAGGGGACCAAGGCCCUGUCGCCGGGGCUCGCCCGCAACCGGUCGCUGGUGUACCUGUCGCUGGCCGACAACGGCAUCGGGUCGGGUGAUGCUGACGUCGACGCCCUGGAGGACUUCCGAGACGCCAUGAUGAGCUGCUCCACCCUCACUCAUGUGGACCUCCUGUACAACCGCAUUGGGGAGCGAGGAGCUCGGGUGAUGCUACCGGCGCUGGAGCAGAACAGAAUCAAGCACUUCUUGGUGGACGCGACGCUGCCCACCCCUCUGUUUGAGGCACUCCACCGCAGGGAUUCGGGAGGAGGGGGCAAGAAGGGCAAGAAGGGGGGCAAGGGGAAGAAGAAAAAAUAG